AUGACUUUGUUGAAACAAAACCAAAAAAUUUCAACAACAACAAAAUAUAAUGAUUAUCAUCAUGAUCAUGAUAGUGAUAUUGCGAUCGCAUGGAAAAAUCUUCGUUUUGAAGUGAAUAAUUGGCUAACAGGAAGAAAAAUUAUUCUACGACGUUUGAAUGGUCAUCUUGAAUAUAAUAGCCUUACCGGAUUUCUUGGUCCAAGUGGUGCUGGAAAAAGUACACUUCUCAAUUGUUUGAAUGGUAAAUAUCGAUCCGGACUUUCGGCCGAUUCGGAAAUCUAUAUCAAUCGACGAGAAAAUGAUAAACGACGUAUCAGUUAUGUUCAACAACAUGUCCAAGAAACGAUCAUUGGAUCGAUGACAAUUCGACAAAUUCUAUACUAUGCUUUUCGAUUCCAUAACAGCUUCAACCAUGGUGGAUCCGAAAUGGAUCAACAUAUCACCAAUAUCAUCAAACAAUUGUUGCUCGAUCCAAAAGUUUUGGAUAGAAGAUUCGAUCUGUGCAGUGGAGGUGAACAAAAGCGAAUCGCUGUUGCACAAGAAUUGAUGUCAUUGAAAGCGCCGACAUUUUUGUUUGUUGACGAACCGACAACCGGAUUGGACAGCCAUGCUGCUCUGUUGAUGGUACGUUGUUUACGAAAAUUAGCUGAUGAUCAAAACAAUCGAUUAACGAUUCUAGCAUCGAUACAUUCGCCCAACUCGGACAUUCUCAAAAUGUUCGACAAACUUUAUAUUCUGGCCACAGGCGGUGUUUGCGUCUAUUCUGGAGUGCCAAAAUUAUUACCACAAAAUCUUCAAGAUCAUAUUGGAUUAGUUCAUGAUCGAAACAAACCCCCAAUUGAAGAAUAUCUGACCAUAGCUUGUAAAGGAACUGGUGAUGAAAAUGUUCGUCGAUUAGCGGAAGCAACUUGGUCACAACAACAAGACGAAUUGAAGUCAUUGAUUCCACUAAUGAAAUAUCUACCACAAGGAAUCAUUGUCGAUCAUAAAUUAUUUUCGAUCGGAGAUUUUCUACUGCAAAUCGCAAGAAUGUUUCAAUUGACAUUCAUUAAACAAAUCAAUUCUCGAAUCUUCACAAUAUUUAUGGUGACUUUAGUGUGUUUUAUUCAUUCGAAUUUAUUCGAUACAAAUAUUCUCGAGCCAGAAACUUGCGUUUCUGCUAUCGACUUUUCCGAACCUGAAAAUAAUCAAACAUGUCAAGACAAAUUAGAAGACGAAUAUCGAAUUGAUUUCUAUACUUAUUAUCAAUCAAUGAUCAUUAUGGUAAUGGGUUAUGUACUUAGUGCUAUCAGCAGUUUAACAUUCUCUUCAUUGAUAAAAGUAUUCAAAAAUGAACAUCGAAACGGUUGGCACAGUGUUGGUGUUUCAUAUUGGUCGGUUGUUAUUGUUCGAUUAAUCGAUUUUACGUUCAUCGCUUUACAUGUUACAAUAUUAAUGUAUUUUUUAAUCGAUCAUACUUUUAUUGAUAAUGGUUAUUUUAAUUGGUUUCGAUUCGGAAAUUUUUUUCUAUUUAUGUGGAUGUUUUUCUUCUACAUUCAAUCGAUUGGUCAAUUACUUAGCAUUUUAUUUCGUGAUUUUUCCGAUGUUGCUGUUAUAAUAUCAAUAUUUUCAUAUGCAUCACUUGAUUUUAAUAAUGGUUAUAUGUUUCCAUAUAAUUCUAUUGUUAAUCCGGCAAGUAAAUUGUUAAAUGAUAUUAUGGGAUCAAAAAUUAUAUCCUUUGGUCUUAUUAAUGCAUUCUACGGUAUUGAUCGUUGUGAUCGGAAUCAAAUAUCAUCGGUUUUGAUUGAUUUUGAUAUCAAUCAGGAUACUGUCUAUACUGAUUUGUAUCGAAUUUUAAUCAAUUCAAUCGGUUUACGAAUAUUGACAUUGUUAUUAUUAAUGACCGAAUUUAAAAGCUGGAAAUUUUCAUCGAAAAAAAUAUCAAAAACACCAAAUACUUCUAAUUUUUUCACAAUCGACUACGAUAACUCGAAAUGUGAAUCGAAUCAAACUUCAAUUCAGUCAAAUGAUCGAAUAAAAUUAGAUGAUGAAAUUGACUUUGAAACAUUCUCCAAAAACAAAAUUAUCAUCGCUUGGCGAUCCUUGAGUUUGUUUAAUUGUGGUUCAUAUUUAGAACUACGAUCUGCCUUGAAACUCGAAGAACCUAAAUAUAUUUUGCGCAAUCUGAAUGGUCAAUUUCGUUACGGAACAUUGAAUGCUUUGAUGGGAACGUCUGGAGCAGGAAAGACCUCUUUUCUCAAAGUGUUGAACGGCAGAGACAAGACUCGAUUGAGCAGUGAAACAAGAUUCUACCUCAGCAAAUUCACUCCGUUGCGAACCUGUUACAUAACGCAAGAUAUUUCUUCGCACCUGACUCCAGGGUUGACAGCCCUACAGAGUCUUAUCUAUGCAAGCAAGUUGAAAAACUUGGGCGAAAAAGUCGAUCAUAAAAAUAAUGCCAUGUCAAUGUUAAAAGAACUGGAUAUUAUCGAUACGGCCAACACACUUGUCAAUAAAUGUUCGGGUGGACAACGAAAGCGAUUGGCACUGGCUUUGGAAUUGAUGUCGCAACGAAUGCCUAAUUUCAUUUGCAUCGACGAACCGACUAGCGGACUUGACUCAAAUUCGGCCGAAGUGAUCAUCUCUUGUUUGCGAAAAAUGUCACACAAACACAACAUCACAAUAGUGGCCGCCAUUCAUCAACCAAAUACCGAGAUGCUAAUGUUGUUCGAUCAGAUUUACAUUCUUGCCAGAGGUGGUGUCUGUAUCUUUUCUGGUCCACCAUCACAAAUUGAUGAUCAUCUUCAGCUAGUUUCUACUGAUCGCGACAAUAACCAUGAAAAAUUUGCCGUCGAAGAAAUUAUGAAAUAUUCCUGUUUGAAUCACUCUGAUCCUCAAAUUAAAACAAUGUCCGAUUCCGCAAACCACUCAAUCAUAAGUAAUGGGUCCGAAGAUCAUUUGAUGACUGAUACUCAAUACGUUUUAGAUGGUCCACAUCCCAAUCGCACUCGAUUUUCCUUAAGAUCUGUUAUCGUUUUGAUACAACGACAAUUCUAUUUCUAUAUUAGAAAUCCUAUGUCUCAAUUUCUUAUAUUGUGGUACAUAUGUUUUACCUUAUUCAAUGGUGUAAUAUUGAAGAGUUUGAUUGAUGUUAAUGUUGUUUUUGUUAGUGGUUGUAUGAGUUUCGAUGAAGAUUUUAACGAUUGUUCACGUUCUAAAGACGAAAGAAUGGAUCUUUUACACACUUAUCAUUAUACAACUUACUUGCUAAAUAGUCUGUGUAUAAUUAGUUGUGUAUUUUUUGCUACAUUGUUUGUUUUACAGCGGAAAUUAUUCCAAAUCGAACAUCGCAAUGGUUGGUAUAGUACUGGCGCAUUUUAUCUAACAAAAGCAAUAUGUGAAAUGGUCAUUGUCUUACCCGUUAUAAUAUUUUAUCCUAUCGUUUGCAAUAUUUAUCAACCAGUUCGAAGUCAUAUAUGGUAUUAUAUGAUAUUUAUCAUCAUCAUGCCAAUGAUUGCUGUUCAAGGUGCCAGCUAUAUAAUUUCCAUAGUAUUUGGACGUAAUCCAGUGAAUCUUUACAUUUCAAUUCCAGCUUUAAUGCUUUUGUCUAUUGUCUGCGUGAUGAUGCCACAUGCAUUAUCACAUUUUGCAUUCAAAUUGAUCACGACUUUCAAUCUUUUUCGCUAUCAAAUACAGGCAAUUUUGUUUUUAAUAUAUGGUUUUGGUCGAUGUGGUCAUAGAGAAAUUCAAGUGCUAUUGUAUAGACUUGGUUUGAUUCAUGAUGAACAAUUCUAUUACAGUAUAAUGAUGACAGCCGUCAAUGCUAUACUAUUUCAAUCAAUUGCCCUAUUAUUAUUCUUAAUCUAUAAUAAUCCAUUUCAAAAUCGACGUAAACGUAUUGAACGUAUUGAAUUUCGUAAUCAACGACAAUUACCAUCUGAAGUAAUUAUACCUGGUCUUACUUGUUCAAAUGAUUUUAUUAUCAAAACAAUUGGCACAUGAUUAAUCGCAUUAAUAUU